AAAGUGAGCAACUCUGUUGACAUUUUACCGUGUUGUGUUUGUUUACUCCGCGGAAAAUCCUAAAAAAAUGCAGUGAAAUCCCCGAAAAAAAUGCAAAAUAGUGCAAAAAUCAAGAAAGAAAAGCCCGUGGAACCCACGAGGACUUUUAGAUUGGCCCAUCAGAUAGUCAGCUUGACGGGGAUUAGCUUUGAGAAGCGGAAUAUAAUUGGCUCCGUUGAAUUGACCAUUGUCCCCACGUCAGAUCGUUUGAGACUUUUGAGGCUCAAUGCAAAGCAGUGUAGUGUGUACAAGGUGUCUUUGAAUGACACAUAUGAAGCUAAAUUCUUCUACUUUGAUCCUUUCCUGGACAUUUGCCAGAGUGACACAAAGACCCGGAGUUUGGAGACAUUCUCCAAGCUCCAUUUGGCUGCUGCCCAGAAAGUUGAUGCGGAUCUCAAUGCAGGCGAACUGGCAAUAGUGAUACCCAAUGAGGCGGCACAUUUGGUGGGUGAGGGUCGAGGGCUGAGGGUGAGUAUUGAAUUCUCUUUGGAAAAUCCUGCUGGGGGAGUGCAUUUUGCCAUUCCGGAGGGUGAGGGCACAAUGACAGAAUUGGCAGCUCACAUGUACACGUACUGCCAUGAGAAUUCCUCGAGAUUGUGGUUUCCAUGUGUAGACAGUUUCGCAGAGCCAUGUACGUGGAAGCUGGAGUUCACGGUGGAUGAGAGUAUGACAGCUGUGAGUUGCGGGGAACUCGUGGAAGUGGUCAUGACGCCGGAUUUGCGUCAGAAAACAUUCCACUAUGUAGUGUCUACGCCAGUUUGUGCCCCAAAUAUUGCCCUGGCCGUAGGACCCUUUGAGAUCUACGUUGAUCCUCAUAUGCAUGAAGUGACCCAUUUCUGUCUGCCCCAGUUGAUGCCUCUGCUUAAGAAUUCGGUCAGAUACAUCCAUGAAGCAUUUGAAUUUUACGAGGAAACCCUUUCAACGCGCUAUCCCUUCAGUUGCUACAAGCAGGUCUUUGUGGAUGAGUUGCAAGUGGAUGUCAGUGCAUACUCCACAAUGUCAAUUCUGUCCACGCAUCUCCUCCACUCGAUAGCCAUCAUUGACCAGACUUUUGUCACGCGAACCAUAAUGUCCAAAGCCAUUGCUGAGCAAUUCUUUGGCUGCUUCAUUAGCAUGCAGCACUGGUCGGAUACGUGGUUGGCCAAGGGAAUUGCAGAGUAUCUCUGUGGAUUGUAUUCCAAGAAGUGUUUUGGUAACAACGACUACAGGGAGUGGAUUCAGUCGGAAUUGGCACAAGUUGUGCACUAUGAAGAACAGUACGGAGGCAUUGUUCUCGAUUGCAGUCAACCUCCAGCUCCACUUCCUGUCUCCUCGUCUCAGCCCCAAACUGUCCAGAGGCAGCCGGAAAUUCUUCAUUACUUCCCCAUCAGGAGUCUCCACACCAUGUCACCCAAGUACGUUGAAGCCAUGCGCAGGAAAGCUCAUUUGGUCAUCAGGAUGCUAGAGCACAGAAUUGGUCAGGAGUUGCUGCUGCAAGUGUUCAAUAAGCAGCUGGCUCUAGCUACAAAUGCAGCCACAACGAAGAUUGGGAGUGGCCUCUGGCAUCAUCUUCUCAUUUCAACGGAUGUCUUCACUAAGGCCAUCUUCACGGUGACAGGCAAAGACAUGUCAGUGUUUAUGGAUCAAUGGGUGAGGACAGGGGGACAUGCCAAAUUCAGCCUCACGAGUGUCUUCAACAGGAAGCGCAACACAAUUGAACUGGAAAUUAGGCAGGACUCGGUGAAUCAGAAGGGUGUCCGGAAGUAUGUCGGACCGUUGCUGGUGCAACUUCAGGAACUCGAUGGAACAUUCAAGCAUACUCUCCAGAUUGAGAAUACGGUAGUCAAGGCGGAUAUUACGUGUCACUCAAAGAGUAGGAGGAACAAGAAGAAGAAAAUCCCACUGUGUACUGGUGAGGAAGUUGAUAUGGAUUUAUCUCCAAUGAAUGACUCUCCUGUUUUGUGGAUUCGUCUGGAUCCCGAAAUGACAAUCCUCCGGAGUGUAAAUGUUGAACAGCCUGACUUUCAGUGGCAAUUCCAAUUGCGCCAUGAGAGAGACGUAACUGCCCAAUUGGAUGCAAUUAGGGCAUUGGAGAAAUAUGCAACUCCUGCCACAAGAUUGGCACUAACGGAUACUAUUGAGAAUGAGCAGUGUUUCUACAAAGUACGCUGCCAGGCAGCUACGUGUCUCACAAAGGUGGCCAAUUCAAUGGCUACCAGUUGGCAGGGACCACCAGCAAUGCUUACAAUGUUCCGGAAGCUUUUUGGUUCAUUCAGUGCUCCGCAUAUUAUCAAGCAAAACAAUUUUUCCAAUUUUCAGCAUUACUUCCUGCAAAAGACUAUUCCAGUGGCAAUGGCUGGAUUGAGGACUUCUCAUGGGAUUUGUCCACCUGAAGUCAUACGUUUCCUUUUGGAUUUGUUCAAGUACAAUGAUAAUUCACGCAAUCACUAUUCGGACAAUUACUACAGGGCUGCCCUGGUGGAUGCUUUGGGGAAUGCAAUCACUCCAGUAAUUUCAGUUAUUCAGCAAGGAUCUGCAAUUACUGCUGAAAAUCUCUCACCGGAUGCAAAGCUGGUGCUUGAGGAAGUUACGCGGUUGUUGAAUUUGGAGAAACACUUGCCGUCCUACAAGUAUUCCGUAUCUGUGUCUUGUCUGAAGGUCAUCCGGAAGCUGCAGAAAUGCGGACAUUUGCCACCAAGUCCAAAUAUUUACAGAAGCUACGCAGCUUAUGGGCAGUACCUUGAUCUUCGUGUGGCAGCUAUGGAGUGUCUGGUGGAUUUUGUGAAGGUGGAUGGGCGAUGGCAGGAUCUUGAACAUCUUUUGGAUCUUUUAGAGACAGAUCCAGAUCCAAUGGCUCGGCAUUUGUUGGCCAGACUCUUGAUUGAGAAUCCACCAUUUCAACGUGGAGACCGGCAUCGUUUGGACAAAGAAAAGUUGGCUGAGAGAAUUUGGAAUACAAUGAAUUCAGGAUUAUCUUCUGAUUCUGUGUUGAGAUGUGACUUAGUAGAUCUCUACUAUGCUCUGUACGGACUCAAAAGACCUUUGUGUUUGCCUACGCCUGAAUUGCAGGCUAUUAUGAAGCCCCAAAAGAUUCCACAAAUCCCAAGAGCUAUUUCUCCUAAACUUACUACAAUUCCCACCUCUGCAACUGAAAAUGUCUCUGCACCGCCUCCAGUAGCCAGUGAAUCUAUGACUGAGAGUCAGAAGAGGAAAGCUGAUCAGUUAUCACCGGAUUUGGUGGUGAAGGUGGAACCGAAGACUGAAAUUAUAGAGCUGCCCGAUGUGGAUAUAAUUAGUCCAUCACUUCCAUUGUCCAAUGAUGGUCCUGUACCGAAGAAAUCUAAAACGGAAUACUAUUCAGAUAAUUCUGUGUCAUUGCCAGGAAUAAUGGGGUCUACUGGAAGCAAUCCAGUGGGCUUUGAACCCGGAAUGUUCAAACAGGAGGAUGAUUCGCAGAAUAAGACGAAAACUGAUCAACCAAAGCCUAAGAAGAGGAAGAAGGACAAGAAGAAGCACAAACAUAAGCAUAAGCACAAGCACAACAAGGACAAAGAUAGGGAUAAGGACAGAGAGAAGUCAAAAGAGAAGAAGGAUCCCAAUAUUGCGAGAGUUUUGCACGUGAAAGAAGAAACUCAAGAGACCCUCAGUUCUCCGGAUAGUUCCAGCAAUAGCAAUUUGAUGAAUAUUGACUCUACUAUGUAAAUGGGAGAAAUCCGGCUCGAAAUUGUAGUAGUUGAAUGAAAUAAAAUGAUUCAAAUCGAGCAAUCAAUGAAAAA